AUGCAAGGAACUUGUUGGGAUGUACUCAAACUAGAAGCCCGAUAUAGCCUCCUUCAGGUAGAUGGGUCUGGAGGGGGAUCUAUGCAGGUCAAAAAGAUCCCUACAUCUGAGAAUCCUUCGGAUAUGUUGACCAAGGUGGUACCAAGAGACGAGUUCGAGCUAUGCAAGGAACUUGUCGGGAUGUGUGGAUUUGGGGGAGUUUUAGCAGUAGCUAAUGUGCAGUAUGAUGAAGGAAUCAUCACUGCACUUAUUGAGAGAUGGCGUCCAAAGACGCAUACAUUUCAUAUGUGGACUGGCGAAUGUGCCAUCACACUGCAAGAUGUCGAGGUGUUAUAUGGCAUUCCCGUGGAUGGCCACCCAUUGGUGCAGAGAAAUGUUAAAAAUAUAACUAAAUCAACGUGGCGGGAAUUGAUGUACGACCUUACUGGUUGGUUGCCCGGAGAAGAAGAAAUUAUAGGUAAUAGCUUGUUGGUAAUAACACAAUUAUCUAAUCAUUUGGAAACCUUGAUUGCCAAGAAUGAUAUUAUUGAUGAACACACAGAUGAGGCUGAGGUACAAAAGAGGGUCAGGUUGUACCUGCUUUGGUCGAUUGGUGCCACUAUAUUCCCUGAUAAUACUGGUUCAAAGCUUAGUUUACACUUUUUGCUCGACAUAAUAGACCUUGAUGCAAUAGGCGGGAAAGCUUGGGGAGCAACAGCAUUAUCAUACUUGUACAAUUGUCUAUGUCGUGCUUCGAUAGCUAAUAGCCGUGCUGUUUGUGGAUUUAUUACUUUGUUACAGAACUGGACUCGUAGUGGAGUUUGUGAAAGCGAGGCACUUGCUGUGCUAGUAGUUUGUAGGGAUGUUUUAGACAACAUAACUGAUGAUCAGUUUGUAUGGGAACCUUAUACAGAGGCCAUCAAUGAUGGACUUCCGGAGUGA